CUGUCAGUCAAUUAUAGAAGGGUCGCCAAAAAGAAAAGGAGAGCGACGAGUGAGAUAUUUCGACGGAUUUGCUUAGACGUGGAUACCUACCUGUUUUUGGGUGACAUCAACCUUAAUGUUCGAGUCUGAUGUUUUCCAGAUGGAUUAAUGCUCAUGCGCUGUAUCAGAAUCGGGCAGCCGUGUUGAAGUGUAUUCAUCAGGUUGCUGGAUUCGAUCGAAUGGAAAAUGAUGGUAUGCGGGUAACGUUAUAUGGCUAAGGAGCUUAUGUACUGGGGCGACGGUGACGUAUUUUUUUUCUUCUCUCCUCUCAUUUCUGGACGGAUUGUGUUUUGUUUUGUCUUUUUCUGUUUGUUCUUCGCCAUCGUUUUCCACCAAAUCUCGUCGCUGGAGCAGAAAUGACUUGCGACUGUGAGCUGGAACUGUUUUGGUCGUUAAGCCACAGUGAUGGAUGGAUAGAUGGAUGGAUACUGAAGAAAUAGCACAGAAGUUGUGGACAGAAAUGAAGGUAUAGAACUGCCAUUCACUGGAAAAGAAAAGGCGUUUUGUGCGUUAGAAUACACUCGAACACAGUCAAAUAAGACUGUAGCAUGCAUUGAGAGAAUUGUCUAAAAAUGCACUGUUACCAGAAAAGACUGUUACCAAAGACAUGCUGCAGCGUGUUUGGCAGGAGCUGGACUACCGACUUGAUGUGUGCCAUGUCUCAGACUCUAGAGGAGCCUGCAUACCUGACUGUCGGCACUGAUGUGAGUGCCAAGUACCGUGGGGCUUUCUGUGAGGCCAAGAUCAAGACUGCCAAGAAACUUGUCAGGGCCAAGGUGACCUUCAAACCAGACUCGUCCACUGCUGAGGUGCAUGAUGAGCACAUCAGAGGAAAUCUGAAGGUGGGUGCUGUGGUUGAAGUGAAAAACCAAGAUGGAAUCUACCAGGAAGCUACCAUCAACAAGCUCACGGAUGCUAGUCUGUACACAGUUGUUUUUGAUGAUGGUGAUGAGAAAACCCUGAGGCGUUCAUCCUUGUGCCUUAAAGGAGCACGUCACUUUGCCGAGAGUGAGACACUUGACAGGCUUCCCCUGACCAAUCCAGAGCACUUUGGCACUCCUGUCAUCGGAAAAAAAGGCAACCGUGGGCGUCGCUCUAAUGCCAUACAAGAGGAAGAAUCUUCUUCCUCAUCCAGUGAAGAUGAUGAUGGUGACUCACAACAGAAUGAAGAACUUUAUGGCAAGGUGGUGUGCGUGGAAGGUGUUGCUACAGAAGAUAAAAAGAAGGCAUUGUGGUUCCCUGGCCUGGUUAUCUCUCCAGAUUGUCAUGAGGAUGUCAUGAUGAAAAAAGACUGUGUGUUUGUCCGCUCCUUCAAGGAUGGGAAGUUUCACAUGGUUCUGCGGAAAGACAUAAAGGAACUUGAUGGUGAUAUGGAUCAAAAAGCAGACGCCAGCCUCAAGCCAGCGCUGAAUGCGGCAUGGGAUUUCCAGUGCAAUGGUACUGUGCCUUGUGCAUGGAAGACUGAGGUCAAGGACGAAAGUUCCAGCAGUGAAGAAAACGAUGAGGAGGAAGAGGAGGUGCCAGAGGAUGGUGGCAGCAGUGAGGAAGAAGAGGAGGAGGUGGAACCCUUCCCAGAGGAGAGAGAGAAUUUCCUCCAGCAGCUUUACAAAUUCAUGGAGGACAGAGGCACACCCAUCAAUAAAAGACCAGUGCUGGGCUACAGAAACCUGAACCUCUUUAAACUCUACAGGCUGGUGCACAAACUUGGAGGAUUUGACAGUAUUGAGAGUGGAUCUAUUUGGAAACAAGUGUAUCAAGAUUUGGGAAUCCCAGUGUUGAACUCUGCUGCAGGCUACAAUGUCAAAUGCGCCUACAGAAAGUAUCUUUAUGGGUUUGAGGACUACUGCACCUCAACGGGGAUCACAUUCCGCACGGACCUCCCAUUUAAAGCAACAGAAAGGCCGAGUUCUCACACAGACAGCAGUAUUGAAGGCCCAGCAGAGAGAACACACAGUGUUGAGCCAAAACCUGAUCCAGAGAUAUCACUAAGCACAAAAAAUAUUGUCCAGGAGGAGAAAUCGGAAGAAGCAGGACUUUUUAGGAACAAAAUGAACAUCAGAAGUCUGAAGGAAGUAGACAGGAUCUGUAGUGACGAGGAAGACACUGGUGUUGAUAAAGAACCCCACAAGUUCAAAUCUGAAGAAGCUGCACCAGCAGAAGAUCCAUGUACAGAGAAUGUGAAGGUGGAAACAUGUAAGGACCAGAACAUGGAACUGUUACGGGAUGACAGCAGUCAGGAGUGGGAGGAAGGGGAGGAGUUUGAGUGUUACCCCCCUGGGAUGAAGGUGCAGGUGAGGUAUGGGCGAGGUCGCAAUCAGAAGACGUACGAAGCCACUGUGAAAGAGUCAGACCUGGAGGGGGGAGAGGUGCUCUACCUGGUACACUACUGUGGAUGGAAUGUCAGGUACGAUGAGUGGAUUAAAGCUGACAAGAUUGUCCGACCAGCUAAUAAGAAUGUUCCAAAAAUAAAGCAUAGGAAAAAAAUAAAGAGCAAAACUGAAAGAGAAAGAGACCGAAUAGAGAGUUUAAAUGACAGAGAGGACCUUCCUCCUACAAACAGUCGCAUCAACCGAUCCUCAAAACCCAUCUCUGGCAAUGAUGUUUUUCCCAAAAUGGAAGAAUUUAAAGACGCAGGUGGCCAGAGGAGUCCUGUUAAAGCCCUCAAGAUCACCUCCAAUCUCAAUGGCCUUCCAGCCCCUGAGACCUCCAAAGAUCACAGCAAACAUGAGCAGUAUGAAGAAGGUGACCAUAAUAGUGACCAUCUAGCAGGCCAGCUAAGCCCUCAGAAAAGAGCUUCUCCAGAAUGCCUAUAUACAGCCCUACAAUGGGAAAGCGAGCCAUCUAGUGAGAGGGACACAGAUUCAGUGAAUAUGGGUACCACAGAGGUGUCAUCCAGCCAGUACAGUCCAGAAACAAAUAAACAGUUAGUAACAGAAGGAGAGGCCUCAAGCAUCAGGAGAAAAAAAGCUGAUGGAACUACUGAAUGUACACACAAAAUCCAACGUAAAGGCAAAACCAGGGGCAGCAAGUUGAGUGACUGGCUGUCAGAAAGUUCACUUAAGAAGCUGGAAGAGAGAAACAUUAGUCCUCGGGAUGGAGGCAUGCAUUCCAGUAGCAGUUCUGAGGAUGAGGGUGGUCCUCUUAUGGAAUCCCAGGCCAAAGAAGAGUUACUAAUUCACCACAAAGCCAAGGACGCAACCUCAAAGAAGUACAAUGGCCUGAAGGAAAAGGCCAAGGGUGGCCAGUCUUUGGCAUUCUGGGAAAUCCCUGACAAGCGAGCUAAAAUGAUAUCUGGAAUGGAUGACAGGACACCUGGCUGCCGUACCAAAGGCCAGAAGGAUGUAUGGUCCAGUAUUCAGGCUCAAUGGCCUAAGAAGACUCUGAAAGAAUUGUUUUCUGAUUCAGAUACUGAAGCUGCAAAUUCUCCUCCUCCAGUGGUACCUGGCCUGAGUGAGCCUGACCCUGAGCAGAAAAGUGAAACACCUGAGGAGUCACAGGAGAGCCAAGAUAAGAACCAGGAGUAUCCCAGCAGUGGAAGCAACUCCAUCCUCAACACACCACCCACCACACCAGAGUCUGCUGAGGUGUUACGUGAGAUGCACUCAUCCUCACCACCUCCUCAGAAUUCUGCCCUGGCAUCCUGCUCUCCAGUCACAUCCUCACCAGCUGGGCCUUUGAUAGAAGAGUGUGUUGGUGGGCGCAGUGAGUCUGACACUAGUACAGUGGAGAUGGAUAUUGUUAGCUGUGAGUUUCACAUGCUGUCUCAGGAAGAGCAGUCAGGAUCCCCAUCCAAAGCUUUUGAUGCAAACCUGUCCAGCAACAGCAGCUGUAGCCUGAGUUUGAGCAGCAGCAGUCAGCAGGAGAGUGAGCAGAAAUCCAAAGUCUCAUCAUCCAAUCAGAAGCGGCCUAAAGACUCCCAGGGAGGUGGAGCAUCAAAGAAACACAAACAAAGUCACAAGACCUUGAACUUGCAUACCAAAAAGAACCACAAAAUAGCCAACAGCAGUGACAGUGAGGACCAAUGUCUCAUUGAGAACACUGCCAAAUCGCUCAUGUCCAAGAGCAGCACACAGGAUAUGAAGGCCAUAACUCCACCCAAGGGCUCUGCUCGGACACCCCCAUCCCAUAAAUACCAGAAACAAGGGGACUCGGAGCAUCUGUGUCCCAAAGAACAGUAUAGCAGCAGCCAAGGUUCCCGUACUUACAAGUGGAGUUUUCAAAUGUCUGAUUUAGAAAAGAUGAGUAGCCUAGAGAAGAUAGCAUUCCUUCAGGAGAAAUUGCAAGACAUCCGAAAUCACUAUCUAUUGCUCAAAUCUGAAGUGGCUUCCAUUGACAGAAGACGAAAACGUAUGAAGAAAAAGGAGCGGGAAAGUGUAGCAGCAGCGUUGUACUCCUCUGCUUCCUCGCCAUCAUCGAGUUCACUGACAGCAGCUGUUAUGUUGACGCUUGCUGAGCCCACAGUCUCAGGCUCCUCACAGAACUCUGGGCUCUCACUUGAGUGCAGGUGACGGGAAAGAUCCUCCUACAGCACAUGGCACUUAACCAGCUCCCAGCGAAGCCCCUAUACUAUGGGACAGAACUAACUCUGAUUAAUAGUCACCUGACGUAAAGACCUGAGGCACAAAAACGGAGGAUUCAAAACGGAGCCACAGGAAGCACUAUUUUCUAUUGACAACUGUUUCCUCUUCAAGCUAAAUGCACUCAAGUGUACUUUUUUUCCUGAUAAAUUGGGUGGAAUAGGGUGUCAGAAUGCAUACAACAAUCUUUUUAUGUGUUUUAAGUUUUGAGCAAUAAACAUGCCAUAUGUAGACUAUAUCCUUUCUGUGAAGUGGCAACAAUACUGCAUUUAUAGACAGGAAUAACAGUGGCUUAGUUUUUUGUCUGUCUGUCUGUCUGUCCCCUAUUAAGACAAGAAUGUCUUGAUGAAUGCCCUGCAUAUGAAUGACCUGCAUUCAUAGAUUAAAUCAAUUGUGGUGCUCUGUAAAAACGUCUCAUGCUCUUAUGCAAUGCGUUUUACCUUUGUUUCCUUGAAAAUGUUCCGACUCAAUUAAUUGGUUUGUCUGCCAUUUCUUGACCAGGAAAAGGCUUGCCAUGAUGUAGAUCUUUAUUUAUAAUGAAAAAUAUGUAUGUGUAAAAUACUGAAGUCACCUCCAGUGUUUCCCCAUUUGCAGGUGGGUGGCACUCAUGUGGAGUCAUCUGCCUUUGUAAUACAUUUGUAUAUUGAGAGUUGUGUUUUGAGGUAAUCUAUUUAAUAUCUUGCACUGUUAAUAAUAUACUACUUUUUGUACAGUUUAUACUUUUAAAUGUAUCGUCUGUGGUAAAACCCUUUUUUUUAAUUAAAUGGCUUUUUGUGGCACAGUU